AUGAAAGGCAACACAGCAGGCAGCACCAGGCCACUGUCAGCCCUGGGGACAUCCUGGAAGGUGUCUCUGGGCCAUGGUGGAGCUUUGUUCUCACUUGCACCCUCUGUGCCAUGGGGGAUUUCAUCCCAGUUUGCUCGAGGCGUAAAAGCAACCAGGCACAGGCUGGGAAGCUGCUCUGCUUUCUCUCUUCCUUUUCCCAGCAAGCAACAUCUCCUCCACCCAAGGAAAAGCUACCGGGCAGUGCCACAGGCCAAGCUGCCCCCGCAGCUCUGUGACAGCAAAACCAAACCCCCCAUCACCCCUUAGGAUUGCAUAUCUCCAUCCAAAAUGAUUGCACAAGGCAGCAAUACUGAGAGGAGGAAGCAGGGGGGUAGCCGCCGGUGCCCAUACAGCGGCUGUGCCCACAGCACCACCCUGCAGGGUUAUUUAACCCCCCCCCCCAGCUCAGGUGGCCUCACAGGAGGUGGUGGUGGCCCAUGCUGCAUCAGCAUGCUCCCUGCUCUGCUCAUCCUAGGCCUGGGGGUCUCUGCGCUGGGUCCAACAGGUGCUCACAGCAGUUGGGUCAUCGGGGGCAAGGCAGUGGUGCCACACUCGCGGCCCUUCGUCGCCUCCAUCCAGAUGGACGGGCAGCACUUCUGUGGGGGCUUCCUGGUGUGGCCCAGGUGGGUGAUGACAGCCGCCCACUGCCCCGUUCCCAGGCGCAACCCCUCCGUCCGCGUGGUGCUGGGAGCGCACAGCCUGGAGCAGCCCGAAGAGUCCCAGCAGGAGUUCGGCGUCGAGGAAUCCAUCGCGCAUCCCCUCUACGACCCUCGGACGGUGGACAACGACAUCCGACUGCUCAAGCUGAACCACAUGGCCACGCUGAACGCAUUCGUGAAGCGCAUCCGCCUGCCCCGGCCACACAUCGACCUGAAACCAGGCACCCUUUGCUCCGUGGUGGGUUGGGGGGACAUCUCCAACUACGGCGAGCGGCCCAUCCAGCUGAUGGAAGCCAACACCACCAUCAUCAAGAGGAGCCUGUGUCGGACCCUAUGGAAGGGCCGUGUCUCAGGCAACAUGCUGUGCGGGGCCAGCCGCAAUGCCACGCUGCAGGGCGUCUGUGCGGGUGAUUCUGGGGGACCCCUGGUCUUCAAAGGGAAGGUUUAUGGUGUCGUCUCGUUCUCCGGGGAGAGAUGUGGGGACCGCCGGUACCCCGACAUUUUCACCAGGAUCUCCAACUACAUCGACUGGGUGCAUCAAGUUGUGCUCAGCCAUCGCCAGCCCCACGGGCAGAAGAAGCACAAACCGGGCCCAGAGGAGGGGGGGGACCAAGGAGCAGCGGGGUGGGAAAGACCAGGCCUCCCACAUCCCUCUCCGGCUCCAAGGGCUUUGAUGUUCAAUGGGAACUGA